UCUGGGGCGGGGCGCGGGCGGGCGGCUCCCGGGCGCACAGAGCCCGAUGCGCCGGGAAGCGGAGCGGCCAGCGAGCCGGGCCGGACGGGCACAUGCAGGGCUCGGCGCGGAGGCGGCAGUUCCCGCCGGCGGCCCCGGGCUCCCAGCAGCCGGGCGGGUCCUUCUACCAGGGCAGGCAUGGGUCAGCCAAGAAUGAAGAUACGUUUAAGACUUCUCAGUUUCAUUUUGACCUGUGGUUCUACUUCACUCUACAGAACUGGGUGUUGGACUUUGGCCGUCCAAUAGCUAUGAUUAUUCUACCUUUAGAGUGGUUUCCAUUAAACAAACCUAGUGCAGGAGAUUAUUUCCAUAUGGCUUACAAUGUUAUUACACCAUUUCUUCUUUUAAAGCUCAUUGAAAGGUCCCCGAAGACCCUGCCCAGAUCAGUGGUCUACGUCAGCAUCAUCGUGUUCGUCAUGGGAGCGAGCAUCCAUUUGGUGGGCGACUCCGUCAACCACCGUUUGAUUUUCAGCGGGUACCAGCACCAUCUGUCCGUAAGAGAGAACCCAAUCAUCAAAAACCUCAAGCCGGAGACGCUGAUUGAUUCUUUUGAGCUGCUGUACUACUACGAUGAAUACUUAGGGCAUUCAAUGUGGUAUAUUCCUUUCUUUCUCAUACUCUUUAUAUAUUUUACCGGCUGCUUCACACCCAUUCAAGAAGAGAGCAGAAUGCCAUUAGCCGCCUUGCUCCUUACGGGGCCAAGCAGCCUUUAUUACUGGUAUCUUGUGACAGAAGGUCAGAUUUUCAUCCUCUACAUUUUUACGUUCUUUGCCAUGAUGGCUUUAGUCAUGCACCAGAAACGGAAAGGCCUGGUCUUGGACAGCAAUGGACUCUUCCUCUUCUACUCUUUCAUUAUUACAUUGGUCUUAAUUGGCGCUUGGGUGGUUUGGCUGUGGAAUGACAAAAUCCUCAGGAAGAAGUAUCCUGGCGUCAUUUACAUUCCAGAGCCCUGGGCCUUUUAUACCUUACACUUGAGCAAUCUCCAUUCGGCAAAGGAAGGUUUUUAAGCGGCGAUAUCUUUGGAGUGGUUUGCCAACAGAUCUCUCGCUUUUCCUAAUAUGGGUGUGUUUCAAAUCAGUUACUGACCAUGGCAGCUGGACCGCAUGCUGUUCGCUAACCCGACCCGGGGGCAGAGGUUUGUUUGAAUUGGAGGGGAGGCGUUAAGUCUGCUGGGAAAUACUUGCACUACUGCGUUGUAAAUUACUUUCCCAAGCUGCCCUUUGACGCGUUCUAGUUUGCGUUGAGUGCAGGUAUGUAACUGACCUUGGCGGGAACACUGAGAUUCCAGUCGGUACCCGAAUGGCAUAGUCCUGUUGUACCAUAAAACUUCGUCCUAAUGUAGCACACGAUGGGGCAUUUCCCCCCAGCCUUCCCUUUCUGAGCUGAACGGGGGAACGGCUCUCAUUCCUGGACUUCUGGAAACAUGCCAUGCAAUGACUUCAGAGCAGCAGUUGGGACCCCAUUUUAAUAGUGUCAUCUGGGCUGGCGUUAGACUUGCUGGAGUCUAGGGCCAAAACCCGAGCCCCAUCAUCUGGGGCCAAAGCUGAAGCCUUGGGUGGCAGGGGCUCAGGUUACAGGCCCCAGGUUUUGGCUCCCCCCAGCACAGGGCAGCAGGGCUCGGGCUUUGCCUUUGGCCCUCCCGCCCAGGGCAGCGGGGGCUUGGAGGAGCUCAGGCUUUGGUCCCCUCUCCUGGGUCGUGUAGUCAUUUUUGUUGUCAGAAGGGGGUCGCAGUGCAGUGAAGGUUGAGAACCCCUGCUUUAGAGAACUCGUCCUCUGAGCCUGGCACAGCCGAGCGAUCCAACAUCUUGGCACGGAUCAUUGUGGGCAAAAUUCAUCCCCACCUCCCAUACUACAUACACAAAGGCAUUGAGUAAGGGGCCGCAUGGGGCUUGGUAGCUGCUAUUCCAGCCUGGAAUAGGGGCUGCAACUGUGAGUGCCACUUACACCGGGGGUCAUGGGCACAUUCUCCCCACCCCCACCCAUGCACUAGGGUCUGCAGUUGUGCACAAUGAAUGUUAACUGAGAAAGUGAAACUAAGCAUCUUUGCAUGAGUAAGUUACACAUUCCCCAGCUGCUUUAAAGCAGACACCCCCCUCCCCCGUUCCCCAACAUGAACCAGGAACCAAAGAGCAAACGCGUUUGGCGGCUCACGGCUUUUCUGAUCACGGAUGGCCAGCAGGUUAGGAGUUAAGGGAUAGCGCCCCCGGGAUCCUGCCGCCAUGCACGGGGACUCUCGCGGGCUGGCUUUAGUUCCCCCUGCCCAUUGUGGGUUUGGACUUUGCGACUGUGUUGAACACUCUCAGAGCGGGAGACCUGCUAACACCACAGCAACAAGGGGCAGGACGGACUGAUCAGACCACCUCGAGCUAGGCAGGACUGGGGGCUAGGGGGGCCUGCACAAAGAGUUAAAACUCCUCCCUGCACUAAUGACCUGGCUCACACACCCUUCCCUCGCCAAGCUAUUUCCACCCCCUCACCCCAGUCUUUCCCCCCCAGCCCAGCUGCUCCCCACACAUUUGUUCUCCUGGGUCUUUCCUUUCCUCUCACUCCUCUUCCCAGGCAGGAGGCCGCUGGUAUCUGGCGUGGUUUCUUUCUCAGCUCCCUCCUAGACCAUGGCAUCCCCCAGAGGGGAGGAGAGGGGGCUGAAGGUCCUACCUCCUAUGGGGGCUGGGGCUGCAGCAGGAUUCUGUCUGCACCCCUCCCCUCUCCCACUGCUGCCUGCUUACUCUGCUUGUGUUGAUUGGCAGGUGCCCUUCAGCUGUUCCCCACGGACAAUACGUCACUAUAGGCUUAAAAAUAGUACUGGGUUUGAGGAAACGCCUGCCCCGUAGCCCUCUGUAACUUGUCAGGAUAGUCACAACUACAUUAGCUGGCCAAGUGCGUUGCUUCGACUCAGUGAGAAUUUCACCAAUAGGUUUUACUAGAUUCCUGUCUCUGGACAGGACCGGAGUAGCCAGAGCUAGGCCAGGGAUCCUUUUAAUCUCCCUUCCCACCCAAAUUCCUACUUUCGUUUCCUCACUCUCAGGAUAUACAGUAUUAAUGCAGACUUUGAUUUCCCUUCCUGGAAGCCUUUAACUAAAUAAAGCAGGAAUGACCCAGCCCUGCUCCGGUUUUAACCUACCUGCAGCCGAGACAGACGUCGAUGCAUAUCUGCCAAUUCUCUAGCAUAUUCCCCUCCCUCUCAGCACAGCACGGGGCUCGCCAAUCCUGCCAGGUUCCGAGCGCCAUCCACAUCCACUGGUAGCGGCGAGACUUGGUGAUCUUCAGUGCCGCGCAGGAUUCAGACCAAAGGGUCGGUCUCUGCAGCGUCCUUGCUCCGCAGAGCUGAAGGAAGACUCAUUUUGCUGGCGGGGCAGCUUGCAGAUAACGCUGUGAUUUUAAGUGGGCAAACCUGCAAGAAUCAGAUGCAGAAGUCAGUUCUUGUACCUGGCAGCUGGGAAGGUUCUGCAUUUCUUUUCAGGCAACCUGAAAUGAGGCCUGUUCAGCGACUGCCAGACUUUCAGUUGAAUUUGGCAGCUUGUCAAGCACAAUCUAAUGACCCCUUGAGUGGACAGUGUCUAUGUAAGUGUAGAAUGUACUUGACUUUGGUGAAUCACCCACGUUCCUCCAUUAUUUUUGCAUGCUACAUCCAGUCUGGUGUCGGUAGCUCCUUAUGUCCUUUGUAACACAACUCACUCAUUCUCUUCUAAUACUCAGGUAGUGAACACUUAAUGCAAUAUGUGUGCAGAAUCUUUUUGAACUAAAGCUGGUUUUUACCUCCUGGAAUUCUUUGGCUAAAUCCUUGUUAUUUAUAUCGGUCACAUCGUAUUACACCCUAGUGUGGCACAACCCAAGUGUAAAAUGAAGUGUUCUCCACAAAACGAACCCCAAAAUAAAAGCAUUUGCGUA